AUGGAGACCACAUCUACCUCUACUUUCUCCUCCAUCGCUUCAAGAAGCAGCACCUACAGCACUCCCGGUCCAUCGUCCUGCUGCGAUCGUCUGUCAUGGAAGCUGUGGUUCCGACCGGUCGAGAUGAACCGGAGAAAUCGGACAGCCGUCACGGAAUUUCUGCUAUUGGGGUUCGGGAAAAUUCAGAACUUCCGGAUUCUAAUAUUAAUUUUGUUUCUGUUGAUCAGCCUCGCGUCGCUAACCGGAAAUUUUCUGGUCAUUUUAUUGGUGGCGUCCAACAAAAGUCUCCAUUCUCCCAUGUACUUUUUCCUCAGCCAGAUGUCCUUGUCAGACAUUUUAUUCACCUCCACCAUAAUGCCCAACAUGCUAGCCAUCAUAUCGUCGGGGGAAUGCAGCAUGUCCGUCGCGGGGUGCAUGAUCCAGUUCUAUUUCCUGGGCGUUCCAACAGUUGCGCAGUGUCUACUAUUGGGCGCCAUGUCAUUCGAUCGAUUUGUUGCCAUCUGCAAUCCAUUCCAUUACAUAAGUAUCAUGACCUUCAAGCUGCAGCUUCACGUUGUUAUUGUGUGUUGGCUACUGGGCUUCUCGUUGGUUUUCAUCAUUUAUAUUUUCUUAGCAGAGUUAGAAUUCUGUGAUUCCAACAUCAUUGACUAUUUCUAUUGUGACAUAACACCCGUCGCAGAUAUUUCAUGUUCGGAUACCGCGGCCGUUGAGCUGGUGACCUCUCUGUUGUCCGCUCCGCUUGUCCUCUCUCCAUUUCUGUUUAUCGUUGUCACCUACACCUUCAUCCUCCUCACCAUCUUCAGAAUCCCAUCCGUGUCCGGGAGAUGGAAAGCCUUCUCCACCUGUACUUCCCAUCUGACCGUGGUGUGCAUGUAUUACGGGACGCUGGCGAUAAAUUACGCGGUUCCGCGUAGAGUACACUCCAUCAAUGUGAGCAAGGGCCUUUGCUUGAUGUACGUGGUUGUGACCCCGUUCUUUAACCCGAUUAUCUAUAGCUUGAGAAAUCGAGAUAUCAGGAGAGCUAUCCAGAAAUCUGUAAACGUUUGGAGGAAAUGUGUCCAAAUGAAAGACUUCUGA